AUGGUGGGCUCAAGGAGGACCCGGGCGGUAGUGGGGGUAGCCGUCGUCUUUCUCCUCAUCUUCCUUGGUUAUCAUAACCUCUCUGUCCUUUCAGAGAUCCCAACGACGAACUUUUUGCCAGACACGUUCUUGACCAAACCAACAAAGGCAGCCCAACUCCAUCCCAAAGCUCACACACUUCCCAAUCCAGAUGCGUUUCGGGACCAUUUUGCGGCCGUGGUCCGCCAAAAGAGCAUCACCAUCGCCGAGGCCAAGGAAUCAUGCCACUGGUCUCAAGACGAAGAGGUCAACUUCCAGUUUACCCCUGAUUCCGAUUGGGUAGUCAAGGAGCGACCGGACGAAGAAAUCGACGCCCGGCGCAAGGCAUGGCAGCAUUUCGUAACCCACGACAUGAUCCCCUGGGAGACAGUGAAGGACAAGUUUUCCGGCCGGGGCAUUGUCGUGCUCGCCGGCAACCAUGACACCACCAUGCGACUCAAAGUCGUCCUCCGGCGCCUCACCAAACUCAAAGCCACGAUCCCCAUCGAAGUCCACUACUGGGCCGACGAGAUGUCCCCCGCCAACCGCCACGACCUUGCCGCCCUUUACCCCCACACCACCUUCAACGACCUCUCCCUCCCGCACAACAUCCUCCACGUCCGCAAAGACAGCGACAUCAUCAACUUCCAGCUCAAACCCGCAGCCCUCAUCAACUCCCGCUUCGCCGAACCCCUCCUCCUCGACUCCGACAACAUCCCCAUCCUAGACCCCUCCACCCUCUUCGACUCAACCGCCUACCGCGAAUACCACACCGUUUUCUGGCCUGACAUCGCCCGCACCCGCCCGCAAAACCCCGCCUGGGCCAUCACCAACACCCACUGCCGAAUGGACGAGUACGAGCAAGAAAGCGGCCAGAUGUUGGUAGACAAACGCCGUUUCUGGUAUCACCUGCAGCUCGCAGCGUGGCUGAACAUCCAGCAGGGGAAAUACUACAACGCGUUCCUGCUAGGUGAUAAGGAUAUGUUUCGGUUCGCGUGGCAUGCGUUGCGUACAGAGUAUGGCCGGCCAAGCAGAUGGUUGACGAGUGUGGGGACGUUGAACGAGGGGACGUACUGUGGACAUUCGUUUGCGCAGUAUCAUCCGGAUCGUCGUGGUGGUGGUGGUGGGGGGGGUGGGAUUGCGUUUUUGCAUGGGGGGUUGGUGAAAUCGGUUUCGUUGGAGGCGAUGCGGUGGAAUAGGGAGGUGAAGGGGGGGUAUUUUCGGAAUUAUAAGCGGGCGGAGUCGGAUGAGGAUCCGGGGAAGAGUGUGAGGGUCGGGAUGACGUUUGAUGGGGCGGAUUAUAUGCCGAAUAAGACGGAUAGGUUUCGGGCGGCGAUGUGUACUGAGAUGAGGGAUGUGCGGGUGGGGGAUUUGGAGGAGAUUUUGCCGGGUUGGGAGAAGGAGUACGAGGCGUUGGGAGGGUAUUGGAUGCUCGAGCAGGAGGCAAAGGCCGAGGCAUAA